UCUUUCUCGUCCCUGUUUCUUUCUCUACUCAACUCGUCUUGUCUUUCUCUCUCCCCCUUUCUUUCUCUUUUCCCUCUGUUUGGUUUAAUUGGCGGUAUAAUGCGGACUGAACUGGAGCGCGGACGUCUCUGCCAUGGACUUGAUUAAUGCGAAACCCAGGUUUAGCUUUCUUUCUUUCAAUCCCAUUACCACGAAAACCAAGCGCUUGUACCCAACUCCCGUAUCAUUCUUCAGUCUUACUUCUAUCAACAAGUUUAAAUCCUCUACGGUUUCCUUUUCCUAUAAAUCCCAGUCAAAUCUCUCGCGCCCAAAACAGAGUUGUACUAAUAGCACUUUCCCCUUGAACCAGUUAUUGUUCCUGCUGCCAAUCUUCCAAAGCAUCAAGCACUUAGCUUACAAACAAACCCGGAGAUGGGUUUCCACUUUAAGGGCGUAUACCGCCGAUACGGAAAAGUUUCGGGAGCAACACGGCGGCAGAUGCUUGCAAAAUGGAGGUAUUGGGGUUGCACUGUUGAGCGUGACGGCGAGCGCUAAAGUUCGAAUCAGCCCGUUUGUGGCGACACUAAUGGCGAACCCGACGUUUAUAUCCGGCUUAUUUGCGUGGUUUAUCGCGCAGUCUACGAAGGUUUUUUUGAACUUCUUCGUGGAGAGAAAGUGGGAUUUUAGGUUAUUUUUUGCGUCUGGUGGCAUGCCUUCUUCGCAUUCGGCACUUUGUACGGCCUUGACGACGUCGGUAGCGCUAUGUCAUGGAGUAGCAGAUUCUUUAUUUCCGGUUUGUUUGGGGUUUAGUUCGAUUGUUAUGUAUGAUGCAAUUGGUGUUAGACGCCAUGCGGGUAUGCAAGCUGAGGUUCUUAAUUUGAUUGUUGAGGACUUGUUCCAAGGGCACCCUAUAAGUCAAAGAAAGCUCAAGGAACUGCUCGGCCACACUCCAUCACAGGUUCUUGCAGGAGCAGUGCUCGGCAUUAUGGUGGCUUGUAUAUGUUGUCAGGGUUGCUUGGUUGCAACCUGAGACUGCUUUUGCAGGCAAUUUUUGAUCAGAUUAUAUUGGUAUGUUUAAACUGCUCUUAUUUAUUAUGUACAGGCUGAUCUCUGAGUUAACAUAUAUUCUAUCAUUUGUUUAUUAAGAAAAUAACUUGAUCACCCGUAAAGGAAGAGUGCUCUUGCUUGAUUAGAUCA